AUGGAAGACGAAACUCCCGCGGCGACGCCCCGCACUUCAACCCGGCAGCCCAAGAAAAGAUUCGUGGGUAGACGUACAGCAGAUGCGCAGGCACUCACUGAAUCUUCAGGCAAUACCGACACGAGCAUGCAAAAAGCCGCCGCUCGAAGGCCACCUCGCACCCUGAAUCGUGUCCCUCCAGAGAUUUCCGAGAAUCCAGAUAUCCUAGCAGCCAUUGAGCUUCUGCCCAAAAACUACUCCUUUGAAAUCCCCAAGACCAUCCACCGAAUCCGCUCAUUGGGCGCCAAGCGAGUCGCAUUACAAUUCCCCGAGGGCCUGCUCCUCUUCGCAACGACAAUAUCCGACAUCCUAACCGAAUUCUGCGACGGCAUCGAAACCCUAAUCAUGGGCGAUGUCACCUACGGCGCUUGCUGUAUCGACGACUACACAGCGCGCGCACUAGGCUGCGAUCUCCUCGUCCAUUACGCGCAUAGCUGCCUGAUCCCCGUGGACGUCACAACCAUCAAAACCCUCUAUAUAUUCGUCGAUAUCAGCAUCGACACCUCCCACCUCAUCGCAACGCUCGAGCGCAACUUCCAACCAGGCAAAACCAUAGCCACCGUCGGCACAAUCCAGUUCAACGCGACACUCCACGGCCUCAAACCGGUGCUCGAACGGGCAGGCUUCAAGGUAAUAAUCCCGCAGAUAAUGCCCUUAUCAAAGGGCGAAAUCCUAGGCUGCACCUCGCCUCAGCUAUCCGAGCACGAAAUCGACGCUCUCCUCUACCUUGGCGAUGGCCGCUUCCAUCUCGAAUCAGCAAUGAUCCACAACCCCAAAAUCCCCGCAUACCGCUACGACCCAUACUCUCGAGUCCUCUCGCGCGAGACAUACGAGCACGAAGAAAUGCACACCCUGCGCCGCGACGCCAUUCAAACCGCGAAAAACGCGAAGAAAUGGGGCAUCAUCCUCGGCUCGCUCGGCCGGCAGGGCAACCCGCACACCAUGGCCAUGAUAGAAAAGCAUCUACAAGACCAAAACAUACCAUUCGUAAACCUGCUUCUGAGCGAGAUUUUCCCCGGGAAACUCGCUUCCAUGUCGGAUGUUGAGUGUUGGGUGCAGGUGGCUUGUCCGCGGUUGAGUAUUGAUUGGGGGUAUGCGUUUCCGCGUCCUUUGCUUACCCCGUACGAGGCCCUGGUGGCUUUGGGGAGUAGGGAGGAUUGGGAUAGGGCUAAUAAUGGCGUUUAUCCGAUGGACUUUUAUGCUAAGGAUGGUCUUGGGCGGACGCGUGCGGAGCAGGUCUCCUCUAUACGUGCAUAG